UUGGCUCCAGCCGGCCCAACCCUGGCCCCGGGCCUACGAGGACACCGGAGGCCACUCCACGGGGGUGGGGAGCGGAGCCGCGGGUCAGCUCUGCGAGCGUCCCGCGCUGGCCUGUCCGGCCCCGCCCCCGCCCCGGGCCAUGGCCCAGCCCUUGUCCCGGCCCCUCGUCCUAUCCCGAUCCAGGCCUUGGCCCCCGGCCCCUCCCUCGCCCUGCUUCCCAAAUCGAUCCCAGUCCCGACCUGGGUACCAGCGAAUGCCCAGAUCCGGGUCCCAGCCUAGGCCCCCCCUUCAAUCCCAGUCCCGGGCCCUGGCACGGCCCUCAUCCCCGCCUCUGCCCUUGUUUCACCUCCUGUCACAAAUCCCAGCCCAGGCCCUGUCCCAACCUCCUCCCCAGUGUUUGCUUAAGCCCCGGGCCCAAACCCUGCCCUUGCUGCAGUCGCUAUCACAGCCCCUCCUUCCAUCCCACCCCCUGCCCUUGUUCAAGCCCCAGUGCCCAGCGCAGCCCAACCCAUUAUCCAGACGUUUGCCCUCAUCUCUCUCUUUCCCACUACCCACCCCUCUUUCUCCCACUCUGCCCCUCUCCCAGCCUCGACUCAGGUCUGGGCUCCAGCUGUCGCCAGUCCUAUUGCUGCUGUUGCUGUUCUCUGUCCUUGGCCCAGGGGCUGGAGGCCUCUUCCUGACGGAUUACUCCACCUGCUCACCACGCAAGCUGAGUCCUUUCCGCUCCUUUGCCAGCACCGAACUCUUCCACUUCCAUGUUCCUGAGGACACAUUCCUGGCUGUUUGGAACCUGCUCAUCUUCAAGGAGCAGGGGGGAAACUUUGGGGACCAUUGCCCAGACCAAAGUGUGACUGUGUAUUUCCGGUCUGGGGCACCCCCUGUCAUCAAUCCCCUGCACACUCACUUCCCAGGGGACACAGCUGUGCCUGGGGUUUUCUCACUGACCCUCAGCUGGACACUGCCCAACCGCACCUCAGGCAUCUUUAACGUCAGCAGCCCCUUACCUGGGGACUGGUUCUUGGCUGCCCACCUUCCCCAGGCCCACGGCCACAUCUCUGUCAAGGGUCUCCAGGAUGAGUGUCAGUACCUCCUCCAGCCGCAGCUGAUUGUCCGGCGUUUGCUGGACGUUGCUGUGCUGGUGCCUGGCCGUCCAUCAGAGCAAACCCUCUCCCUCCAUAAUCGCUCAGCUCUGUACAAGGUCUUUGUGCCCAGCUUCACUUAUAGGGUUUCAGCACAGCUGCUGUGUGUGGGGGGCCACGGGGCAUCUGCCUGUCCCCUGAUGCUGCGCCUACGUCCCAAGGCCCCACCCCUGCACAACUCAAGCUCUGUGGUCUGUGGAGGUGCCUCAGUAUGCCAGCUGGAGCUGGCACUGCCCCCCUGGGGGCACUGGGUCUACGUGCGUGUGGAGACACCAUCCCGGGGCGCUGGCAGGACCAUCCGCUUCCAGCUGUGUGUGAGGCUGCAAGAGUGCCCACAGCCCAGUCUGUCCCGUGCCCUGGUCCCUGGAGCUGCCAUGAACAUGCCCCUGUCUCUGGGCAACCAGCCACUGCCCCCAGAGCCGCCAUCCCUUGGGGCCCCUGUGGAGGGGCCUGGGGCCACAUCUCCACCUGAGCACUGCUGGCCAGUGCGCCCGACGCUGCGCAAUGAGCUGGACACCUUCUCUGUCCACUUCUACAUCUUCUUUGGCCCCAGCGUGGCCCUCCCCCCUGAGCGCCCGGCCGUGUUUGCCCUGCGGUUGCUGCCAGUGCUGGACAGCGGAGGUGUCCUCAGCCUGGAGCUCCAUCUCAAUGUGAGCUCCCUACGCCAGGAAAAUGUGACAGUGUUCGGAUGCCUGACUCACGAGGUGCCCUUGAGCCUGGGGGAUGCAGCAGGGACCUGUUCUAAAGAAUCCCUGGCUGGCUUCCUCCUCUCCGUCAGUGCCACCUCCCGAGUGGCCAGGCUGCGAAUCCCCUUCCCGCAGACGGGGACCUGGUUCCUGACCCUGCGCUCGCUGUGCGGGGCGGGGCCUCGGUUCGUGCGGUGCCAGAACGCCACGGCUGAGGUGCGGCUGCGCACCUUUCUGUCCCCAUGCGUGGACGACUGCGGGCCCUACGGCCAGUGCAAGCUGCUGCGCACGCACAACUACCUGUACGCGGCCUGCGAGUGCAAGGCGGGGUGGCGGGGCUGGGGCUGCACCGACAGUGCGGGUGCGCUCACCUACGGAUUCCAGCUGCUGUCCACGCUGCUGCUCUGCCUGAGCAAUCUCAUGUUUCUGCCCCCCGUGGCCCUGGCCAUUCGGAGCCGAUAUGUUCUGGAAGCUGCCGUCUACACAUUCACCAUGUUCUUUUCGACGUUCUAUCAUGCCUGUGACCAGCCAGGCAUUGUGGUUUUCUGCAUCAUGGACUACGAUGUGCUGCAGUUCUGUGACUUCCUGGGCUCCUUAAUGUCUGUGUGGGUCACUGUCAUUGCCAUGGCUCGUUUACAACCUGUGGUCAAGCAGGUGCUGUAUUUGUUGGGGGCUAUGCUCCUGUCCAUGGCUCUGCAGCUUGACCGGCAUGGACUCUGGAAUCUGCUUGGACCCAGCCUCUUCGCCCUGGGGAUCUUGGCCACAGCCUGGACAGUACGCAGCGUCCGCCGCAGGCAUUGCUACCCACCCACAUGGCGCCGCUGGCUUUUCUACCUGUGCCCAGGCAGCCUUAUUGCAGGCAGUGCCAUCCUACUCUAUGCUUUUGUGGAGACUCGAGACAACUACUUCUACAUUCACAGCAUCUGGCAUAUGCUCAUCGCUGGCAGUGUGGGGUUCUUGCUGCCCCCUCGUGCCAAGACUGACCACCGGGUCCCAUCUGGAGCCCGGGCCCGGGGAUGUGGUUACCAGCUGUGCAUCAAUGAGCAGGAAGAGCUGGGCCUUGUGGGUUCAGGAGGGGCCACUGUCAGCAGCAUCUGUGCCAGCUGAGAGGGGCUUUGGGCAUGGCCCAUGGAGAACAUGAACCCUUUCUAGGGGCAGAGAGCCCUUCCUGGGAAUGUGGAACCAUUCCAGGGACGAGAGACAAGUUGUGUUUCUUGAGGACAGGAAUCUUUCCUAAGGACAAGGAACUCGCCCAGGGACCUGGCAUACUUCCUGAGGACCUGGAGUCCUCCUGCAUCCAUGGAGGCCUUCUUCGGGACUGGAGCCCCCUCAGGACCAGGAGCUCCUCGUAGGGGUGUGGAGCCCUUCCCAGGGAUAUGGAGCCCUCCUGAGGACAUGGAUUCCUUCCUGGGGAGAUAAAGCCCUCCUGGGACACGAUGUCAUGCCUGAGGAAAUGGAGUCCAUCUUGGGGAAACUGAAUCUUCAGAUCUCCCCAGCGGCUCAGCAACUCUGGUCUCAGGCCUCAUUCCCAGAGGCAGCGUUCGGCUGUGCUUUGCUGGGAGGGGGAUUGCAGGAUACAUGGCGCUGGGACUGGGGCCGGUAUCCUGAGUUGAUGCAGGUGGAGUCUGCUAUGUCUCCAAUGAAGUAUUUGC